AGCAGUCGCAUCGUUUGGCACGUUUUAAGAACAGUUCAACAGAGUACCUACUUCACUUGGUGAAAAUGGCUUCAAUGGUAAUUGUGUUAGUACUUGGCCUCGUCUUCUCCACGGCUGGAGGGAUGAUGAUUCAGCCAAGAAGUGCAAGAAGGGAGAACAUGUACCCUCCGCAUUUUUACGGGCUAAAAACAAGUGAUGCCAACUCAGAUUUGCUCAAGGCUAUUCUCAUGGGUACAACCGAACCCACCACUGAAAUAAAUUUUAACGUGUACAAGAUGAUUGAUGCCGAAACAACAGUUGCUACAGCAGUUACUCCCACGACAACGACAACCUUGCCUUUAGGAGUAUAUGAAAGGAAACUCAGCCAUACCGAACACCUGGUACAAGACCUAUUCAUUGUUAUCGGAGCAUUCGCAAUAACUAUCUUGGUAGUUGCAGUAGCAUGCUACUGCGUUACUGCAUAUGUGCGGAGCGUUAUUCGAAGGAUGAAAUACGUCAGCUGUUUGGCACCAUCACCGCCAGAGGUCGCAUAUCUGAAAAUAAACGAUAACGAUGUAACAUUAACUGAGACCGCUUUGUAAUUUGUAAUCUCAUGAGUUUUUCAAUAUUAUACAAUACACUGACCGGCACAAGUAACGGACACCCCACAAAAUGGGUCAUUUUUGACGUCUCGAAUUUCCUAGACCUGCUGCCCGAUUUAAGUGAUUUUUUUAAUAUGUUAUAGCCUUAUUGUUUAGCAAUAUCGCUGUAAUCUGUAAUAAUAUUGUUGCUAAACAGGUUAAUUUUCUACUAAAGUAAAUAUACCGAGUGGACAACUAAAACUGUGCUUUUUUCUCAAAGUUCACCACAUACUGUGGAAUAUAUAAAGCAUUUUAAAUAGCAUUUAUAAAAUACUGUAAUUAAAACCCAAUUAUAGCCUCAGGUUUUCUUUUUUGAUUCAUUCGCUUACGUUGGAUAAUAAAAAAGUUAGGUACCUACUUUAACAACUAGCCAUUUUCUUCAUGAAUACAUGGUGUUUCUAAAUAAGUACGACAAACUUUAAGAGGUAAUCCUGCAUGAAAGAAUAAUGACCGCUUGCUUUAUAUACAUAUUGUCCGCAAAUGCUUCGUUUCCGAGAUACGGGUGUUGAAUUUUUUCUUACAAACUGACGAUUUAUUUAUUGCUCUAAAACCGGUUGAGAUAUGCAAAAUGAAAUUUGGAAGGUUUUAAGAAAUAUUUAUUGCGUAUUUUUUGACAUACAAUUAAGAAUUUUAUAUUCACAAUUGGCGUGCAUACGGGUCAUAUUACCUGGUCAUAUUACUCGUAUGCACGCCAAAUGGUGAAUAUAAAAUUAUUAAUCGUAUGUCAAAAAAUGCACAGUAACUACCUGUUAAAACCUGCCAAAUUUCAUUUGCAUAUCUCAACCGGUUUUAAAGCAAUAAAUAAAUCGUCAGAUUUAACAAAGCAUUUGCGGACAUAUGUUUAUAAAGAAAACGAUCAUUAUUUUUUUAUGCAGAAUUACUCCUUAAAGUUUGUCGAACUUAUUUAGAAAGGGCGCAUAUAAAAUGCCUCCCGAAGAAGGGUUUUUUACCUGUCACUAAAAUGGUCAUAUACGAAUUGCCUCCCAAGCUCUAAAUAAAUUACAUGCUUCUAAUCUGUAUAUGAAGGUGAGAUGUUGCCACAUCUUCGUCCCUUUGUAAAUUUUCGGCAAAAUUGGCAUUUUCUUAUUUAAUUUAUUUUAUUUUCAAACUUUAUGUAUUAAACAUUAUUGACACUAGGCAGUAUUUAUAAAUUUCAACUAACUUAUA